AUGUAAUCAUUGGUUAAAUAACUCCUAACCCUAUCCAACACAUCUGCUGCUAACUAAUGGCAACAAAUCGAAACAACUCUCCAACCAAAAUAAUUGACCCCAGCUGAAAUAGCUGAUGUUGCCCACCAUUUUGCUGUUAAUAAUUAGGGAUCUGAACUUUUCUGGGAUACAUUAUAGAGAGCUACUGUCGACCAACUGAGCAAUUUCAAUAGAGAACAACUAGCCACAGUAUUCGACGCUAUGAUGAAAACUCCUUACGAAGUUCCUGAUGAUGUAGGAGAGGCUGUGACCAAGGCAAUUGAUACAUUUUUCAAUGCUGAAUUACAAGCUAACCAAAAAUCUGACCCCUACUAUCUUUCCAAAUUUUUAUUACAAUUCUAAUCUGGAUUAGGAUAAUUUGCACUCAACUUUGGACCAGGAUUCCUCACUGGUAGAGUAAAUGAUGAACAUCCUGAAUAAAAACUUGCUAAGGGUGACGAAGAUCUGUCAGAAUCAAGCAAUUCUGAAUUGAGAUCAGCAUUUAUUAAAGGAGAGCUCAGUUAAGAAUAAGUGAAUGAAGAGAAAAAAAAAUUCCUCAAUAGCAUUUCAGAAUUACUCGGCAAGAAUUAAAAUGCCCAGGAUAUAACCAAUUUGAAAUGAUUGGAUAGAGAUGCAUAUAAAAAUAAAUAUAAUAAAACAAAACACAUUUAUCUUAGA